CCGUCCCUUCACGUGACUUUUUUGCUCAUAUGAUCUAGUUAGUGGGAAGGUGAAUAUUUCUUGUUUUUUCUCGUCGUUUUUGCGCUGAGCACCUGACAAGGACGGUUCAUUAGUCACAAGAUAGUAUCAGAUCAACAGGGCAAAAUGAAGACGAAUUUCAUCGGAGCUGUGGUUUUAUGUGCUGUGAUAUCACUGACACUUGGAUCAGAAUAUCAAUACUACGAUGACAACAACAAAACAUGUAUUGAGGUCAAGACAGAUGUAAAGUUUACCUUGACCAACGGGAAGGAAACAAUCGAGUUUGAUGGUACAAAUUUCACAGUGAAAAGUGGAGAUUGUGCUUCGCCUUCUGAAUCUGUCGCUACAUUGAUCUUAACUACAGUCAAAGAAGACUUACUGUCUCUAGAGUUUAAAACUAAUGCACAGAAAGAAGCUUCCAUGGGUGCAAUGUUUACAUUUUCUCCUGACGAGUACUUCCCAGAAACACCAGAAGCAACUGCCAUCAAUUUGAUAGAUACUGGAGACCAGAUCUUGGGAAAUAACACACAGUUGUUUCAGUGUAAUUCUAUUCAGACACUAACUCUGAAUGGAACACUAAAGGAUACAACAUAUACCAUGUACAUGGACAUGACCAACACCCAGAUACAGGCCUUUGAUAUAAAGAAUGGAAAGCUCAGCUCUGAUGUGUUUGUAUGUAGUGCUGACCAGAUGACAACAACGGCACAGAAUGUAUCAACAGAACAAGUCACCACAGCAACAAGUAGUGGCACCACUGAAGCAACAACAGCCACUACAAAUGUGACUGCUCAGACAACGCCUACCACACCAAAUGCCACGUCGGAAGCUCCUACCACGAACUCCACAAUGGAACCUACUACCAAGGCGAACACCACGGCGGAGGGUCCUACCACCGCUCCCACUACAGCCCCAACCACCGCGGCACCAACACCGAUGCCGCCGAAGUCCACCUACAAGGUGAUGGCAGGUGGUAAGACAUGUCUCAUUAUGGAGGGGAGCUUUCAAAUGAUGGUUACUAUAAAUAAAACGACCAUAAUUGUCGAUGUACCAUUGAGUAAUGAAGUUAAUGUCACAGGAAUAUGUGCCAGUAAAAAUGAAACAGAGUCCAGUAUUACCAUCACCCCCAAAUCAGGCCCACUCAAGUCAUUGACCUUUGACUUUAAGAUCAACAAGAACAAGGACAUGGCUGACAAAUCAGAGUUGGUGUCAAUGAGUGCAGAGGUCAUGGUCGACGGUAAAGUUGAACCAAUAUCAGCGAAUAAAACUCUACUAGUAUUGUCCAAUCCCAAGUUGUUUUACAAAUGUGAUGUUGGAAGUAAUUUCACGGCCGACAAAGUGAUCUUCAAAUAUGAACAACUGAAAGUUCAAGCUUUUAAUGUGGAAAAUGAAAAAUUUGCUGAAAAUGGAGAAGACUGUUCAGAAGAUGUGGGUCCUAUCCCUGCGCCCGGAAAUAUCCCAGUCAACACGUAUGCUGUGACAGAGGGAAACAAGACUUGUAUUGUAUUUAAAGGAUCAAUGAAGUUCGUAAUCCCUUAUGUUGCAAAAUCUGGGAAUGCCACAGAACCUGUGGGUCUGCCUGAAAAAUUCACAGUUUCCGGAAGCUGUAAUACUCUUUUGUAUGGAGAAGUGUCUCAGAAAAUGGAAGUAAAGUUCUACGAAGACUGGAUUUUAACCAUUCACUUUACUGAUAGUGACAAUAAAACAGACGUCCAGAACCAGUUGACAGCAGAUAGUUCCGAUAAGUACUACAUCUCUCAGAUUGAGUUGGAAUAUGAAUACAACAGCAACCUUUUUGUAAAAGCUGAUGAAAGCAUUCUGGGAAAAAAAGCUAAGUUUACUGCUGCCAACCUCACUCUAUGGGAAACAGGCAAAGGCAAGAGUUACAUGUGUAACAAAGAAUCUACUAUAAACCUCAGUAGUAAAGAUGGAUUUGAGCUGACUGUCAGUAAGGUUCAAUACCAGGCAUUCAAAAAAGGAAACUCAAAUGACUUUGGAGACGCUAGUGAGUGUGCAGCGGAUGAGGAGACAAAUAGCAUCGUACCAAUUGCAGUGGGAGCAGCCCUUGCUGGACUCGUCAUUAUCGUACUAAUUGCGUAUUUGAUUGGACGAAAGAGGAGCCGCGCGGGCUACGAGCAGGUCUAGAACUGAUAUUAUGUACACUAAUUCUCAAGACUUUCCAUGGACAAAUGAAUGUUUCUUUAAAAUCAUAAAUCCAAUCAGUGUUAAUUAAAGUAAUGACACCCAAAGUGGAGAAUAUGUUAAGCACUGUAUAGUCACUGAAAUCUGAUAUGUACCAUACUAGGGUGAGAUUUUACUGUAUAUUAUGCUAAUGCACAAUGAAAACAUUCCAUCAAUAGAAUAUAAUUAUUGGAUGUCAAAGUUGAAGGUUAAAUUAUUAAUUGAUUUCAUAUGAAUCUGUACAUAUUUGUCAAGAAAAAAGAAAAUUACAACAGAGAAUAACUAUGUUCACGCUUGAGUGAUUUGAAGAUAUUUUCUUAAGAAUUCUUUGACCUGGUUGCUUUCGUGGAUUAUUUAGCAGAAGUCAAGACUUUUUUUUUUUAAAUGAUGUAGACAUCAGGACAAUGGCAGGAUACUAAGUUAAUGUGAUACAAGGUACAAGGAUCAAAUCUCCAUUGAUUCACUUGCGUACCUUGUUCUUUUUGUUCAUAUAAAUGUCUUAUACAGCGUAUUGAUAUAUACAUGUAUUUGUGUGGAUGUGUGACUCCUUAUAUAAUGUUAAGCAAGAAAGUUGUAAGAGUCUGUUGUUUUGUGAAUUAAGCAAUACAAUUUUGUGAACAAAUAAAUGCUUUGGAUACUUCUCCAUUUAUCCAGCAACAAACACUGUUAAUUAUAAAUCAGUAGUGUAUUGGGUUAAUUAGCUUUGAUUUAGGUUUAAAGAUGUGCUUGUUUUAAGGCGGCAAGGCUCUUUUUGUGUGUGUGCUUGAGAGUUGUUGGAUGUUGUGAGCUACACAUAUAGUCGUAAUUUAAUCAUGUGAGAGAUUUCAUCUAGUUUUCAUGUUUGAUAUAUAGUCACUGUUUGAAUUUCUUUAACAACUUAAUUCUGUAAGCAAAUGAACUUGAUAGAAUUGCAUCUUUUCAUAAUGCUUGCAUGUUUAUUUCAGACAUACUGAAGAGUCUCCAGUUCUUUCGCAGAAUUAAAUUCUAGCUUACUCGCACAAAUAACGGUAAAUUAUUGGGUUUUUUUUGUUCAACUAUGUAUGAAUGGCGAGAAUCCAUUCACACAAUUAAAACAAAUAGUUCAGAUGAUGAACAGAACCUCAACAGCAUUAUACGAACGUUUAAGUAUAGCUUAGAGAAUUGGUAGAAUUUUUUGUAAAAAGCUUUUUUGUUGCUUAAAAUAUUACAAUAUUUGAAUUAAGAUAUUUUUACAUAGUUACAAUGUAUAUGUAAAAUUUCAAAUAAUACCUGGGACUGGUGCACCUGUUCUUGUUAGAUUUCAUUCAACUGUCAAUAAGUGCUAUACAUCAUCUUGUGGUUUUUCUAUUCUUUUCUCUGAUCGUUUUUGUAGAAAUUCUGAGCAAGUCAUUUGAAAUAAAAUAUUUUUGAUGAA